AUGCCUACCCUCGACAUAUACCAUAUCCGCAACAACCCAGAACUCUACGCUGAAACCUGCCUCUUGCGAAACUAUCCUAACCUCGCCUCCAACCCAUUCCGCAUCACCAAGCUCAUGUUCUAUUACCAAGCGUUGCAGGAGGCUGUGAAAUCUUUACGUGAACGCGCAAAUACUUUGGAGAAUGAGCUUUUAGUGCUGAAAGAAGAGGGGAGGAAUGUUGAAGAAUCGCUCAAGGAAGUGAGGGAGAUUAAAUUAAAAAUUCUUGAAGUUGAAGAGGUGAAGGUGGAUAUCAUGAGCAAGAUAGAGGACUUGGCGCUGGCGUUACCCAAUAUUACAAGUAAGGAAACACCGAGAGGGCUCGACUGGGAUUAUAUCUGCUCUGUCAACGCCGAUGAGACAGUCAUUCAAACCAAGGACAGCAAAGGAACGCCUAUUCAUCACGUCGACAUCGGAAAACAGCUUGGCAUCAUCGACUUUGCUUCCGCCGCCAACGCCUCUGGCAGCGGAUGGUACUACCUCGUCGGCGCCGGCGCCCUACUGAAACAGGCCCUCGUCUCCUACGCUCUCUCCUUCACGACUCGCGAAGGUUGGACUCCCGUCUCGCCCCCAUCCCUCAUCUACUCUCAAAUCUCUGCUGCCUGCGGGUUUCAAGCUCAGGAUAGUAGCGGUGAGCAACAGGUUUACAACAUUGCGCAGGAUGAGAAGGAUAAGACUAGGGGUGUGCCUGGGCUGAGCCUGACGAGGACAAGCGGUAUUGCAUUGGCUGGUAUGAUGACAAACAAAAUAAUCUCAGAGGAGGAGUUGCCGCUUAGAAGGGUUGCUGCGUCAAGAUGUUAUAGACCUGAAACUGGGCUGGAUACGGAGGGACUGUAUAAUGUGAAUGAGUUCACAAAUGUGGAGUUAUUUGCCUGGACGAAGCCAGACGAGGAAGAAAUGGAGUACUUCUUCGACGAAAUCAUCGACAUCCAAACUGAUAUCCUCGGCGCUCUCGGAAUUACAUGCCGUGUCCUCGAUAUGCCAGUUCACAACCUCAGAGCCAGAGAAGCCCGUAGAGUCGCGAUCAAAGCCUUCUUCCCCUUCCGGGCGGUGGAGUCGACGGUUGGCGACGAGGAUGAGAAGGGAAGCGGGAGAUGGGGUGAUGGGGUUCCCGUGGACGGUACAUGGGACGGUGUUGGUGGUGCCGAGGGUUGUGGCGGCGUUGCUAGAGAUUGGGUGGGAUGCGGAUGA